AUGGGGGACGAUCCGGAAAGGCUGUAUCGUUUGGAUGGAGUCGCUCAUAUCACCGGGGUGAUCAACGAUGAGCUCCGGCGUUGCAUAUCGAGUAUGCGGCGCCAGCAGGGAAUGCGGCUCGAUGAGCGGUACGUUUCGUACUUGCAGAUGGCUGGAUUAUACCAUCUUGCGAGACUGAACGACAGAUGGUUCCGACUAGACGAGCUGCUUGUGAGUGCAUUCGUCGAAAGGUGGCAUCCGGAGAUGCACACUUUCCACAUGCCUUUCAGGGAGUGUACCAUCACACUUCAGGACGUGGCCCACCAGUUGGGUUUGCCAGUGGACGGACAUUACGUCAGCGGUUGCCUUACGGAUUUCCACGUAUAUAUACAGGGUGGCCGGCCAGCUUGGCAGUGGUUCCAGGAGUUACUCGGUGUGUUACCUCCCCCGAGCCAAAUUCAAAAGUUCGCUGUGAACUGCAGCUGGUUCCAGGAGACCUUUGGAGAGUGCCCCGAAGGGGCCGAUGAGGCGACAGUUAGGCGCUUUGCCCGUGCCUAUAUCAUGAUGUUGUUGGGCACGCAGCUGUUUGCAGACAAGUCAGGCAAUCGUAUUCACAUCAGAUGGCUACCGUACGUGGCUAGGCUUGAGGAGAUGGGUGGCUACAGUUGGGGGUCGGCGGCGCUUGCAUGGUUGUACCGAUGUAUGUGCCAAGAGGCCAACAGACAUGUCGUGAAAUUAGCUGGGCCAUUACAGUUACUUCAGCCUUCUGCUUCGCCAUCCAGACCCUCCUGUAGGUCGGCCUGA